AUUGUGAAAAUAUUAGAUUUUAGUCUUAUAGAAUGGUUAUUGAAUUGUUUACCUUCACAAAAUAGGAAGUCCAGGGUGGUUCAUUACAUUGUUUCAAAUACGCUGUCAAUACAUGUGAAGCUUUUGGUUUUAGUAACAAUCGUCCUAGAAUCAAGUCAUCAAAUAAAGCCGAUUCAACAAAGAACAAAUAGAAAUAUUUUUAAUCAAUAUAUGCAAAAUUAUAAUGGAAUCUAUAGAACUAAUGAGAGAAAUCAAGAUCAAAAAGAGUAUGAGAAAUAUAUUAAAAGAUCUAUAAGAGAAGACUUACGAAAUAAUGAAAAUGAUAUCAAUAAUAAAUUUACAUUACUUGGAGAAGAAAUAUUUGAUAUUGAUGAAGAACAAAAUCCAGAUAAGAUAAUAGAUAUUGUUAAUAUGGAAGAUCCUUCGUACCACUUCGGAAUAGAAGACUUAAAUAAAGAAUACGAAAGGAAUGAAAAUGAUAUCAAUAAUAAAUUUACAUUACAUGGAGAAGAAAUAUUCGAUAUUGAUGAAGAACAAAAUCCAGAUAAUAUAAUAGAUAUUGUUAAUAAUGAAGAUCCUUCGUACCACUUAAGGAAAGAAAAUUUAAAAGAUACCUUAAAUAAAAAUUUAAAUGGAAUGGAUUUUAAAGAUAAUCGAAAAGAUUUAUCAAAUAAAAAUCACAAUAAUCAUUAUCUACUUAAUAAGUAUAGCUAUGAAAAUUUCAAUGAUGAUUAUGGAUAUUCAAAUUAUUAUGAUGAUGAAAUGCUAGAUAUUACAACAUCAAAAACUUUAGAUUAUGAUGAUUUUAUAUUUAGAAGAGAAAUUUCAUCAAAUGCUAUUAAUAAUAAAAAUUUAGAAAAUGCUUCAUUAUAUCCUACAGUUUUAACUAAAGCUUUACAAAUAAGUUUAAAUCCAUCGGCUCCUUCACCUGUAGGUGGCAGUCUGUUAGGCAAUGUUGCCCAACAAUUAAAUACUAGUACUUUAGAUUUGGCUAAAGAAAUAACUAAAUCAGAAACUGCUAAAAAUAAUGAUCAAUAUUCUCAAAUUGUUCAGAGUUAUUUUACAAAUAAUAAAGCUAGUAAUACUAGACUAAAUCAACCUCUAAUAGAAACUAAAGAAACUUUAGGGGAAAAUCUACCAACUCGCUUUGAAGAAAAUUUGAAAAACAGUAAAAAAGAUCUGGAAAAUAGAGAAACCUUUGAUGGCAUAUCAAGAUCAAGUUUAACAGAAAUUUUAGAUCGUGUUUUAAAUAAAUUAGAAAGUAUACACGAUGGUAAAAGUAUGGAUUAUGAAGAUCAUCACGAUGGGGCUCCUUGUGAUAUUAUUGGUUCUUGGAGUUCCCUCACUUUAGGCUUGUGUUUUAAUAUUGAAUUGGCCAAAGAUAAAUUUCAUGAUAUUUCGCCAGCAGAAAUCAAUAAUAAGCUCUUAACGAUUAGUGUUGUGGAAUGUACUCCUCCAAAACAUCAUCAAAUUAUUGAUCUAGAUUGGAAAUUUACAGGCAGUGCCUUAAAACAAUUAGGAGGUCUUUUUUAUUUAUAUGGCCAGAAAAGAAGUGAAAGUGUUGCUGCAACAUUUUUGGGUUUCUGUCGCACUUGUGGGGGCAUUGAUACAAUAUUUGGUUCUUGGAAUUUUUUAUUCCCAUCUAAGGAUUGUAAUGAUAUAUCUUUGGCUUUUGACGUAAAGCGUGACGUUUUAAGACGUAUACAAAUGGAGACGAAAAGGAAGGAACGUUUUAAGGAGCUACUUUAUAAAAGUCGUCAUGGAAAAAUUUAAUGAUUUUUUUAAUCCAUUUUAUUAUUUAUAACAGUUAUAUAUUUUAAUUUAAUUUAUUAUUGGAAUAAAAAAACACAUUUCAAUGAAAUCAUA